AUGGCGGACGUCGCGUCUCUCGAAGCCGAGGUCAAGGAAUUCAAGCUUCAGCUGGAAACCGUCCAAUCCAGUUUGCAGGUAGACCCAGACAACACGGAACUACAGAGUCUCAAAGCUGAGCUGGAAGAACUCAUAUCUCUCACCGAAACCUCUAUCGCCGAGCUAAAACCUUCCGCCCCCGCCCCCGCGGCAUCCAAGCCAUCGCCUCCCGUUUCCAAUCACAAAGCCUCAGCUGGAAGAGAAAGUAGCGGGUCUCAACAUUACGCCCGGAAACCUCUAGACAAUGAUCUCCCUCCGCCGCCACCCUCUCACCACCAACAACCGCCUUCUCCCGCAUCCUUCUCCGUCAACGAGAAUGUCCUCGCUCGCUGGGUGUCCGGCGACAAUGCCUUCUACCCCGCGCGCAUCACCUCCAUCACCGGCUCCUCCAGCAACCCGGUCUACAUCGUCUCGUUCAAGUCCUACGGCACGGUAGAAUCGCUAACCGCAAAGGAUCUCAGACCCAUCUCCGGCAGUGACUCGCGUAAGCGCAAGGCUGAUGCAAGCUCAGGCAGUUCCGCUUCCCAAUCUCCUGCUCCUCAACCCCCUCAUGCGAGCGUCAUCUCCGCCGCCGCAGACAUCAAUCCCGCGCUGGCGAAUGAGGCCCGUCGGGAGCCCAGUAAGGUCAGCGAUGGGCCUGCCCGGCCCGCCAAGGCCCCGCGGAAGGUCAAGGCCAACAAGGAGCUGGAAGAGGGUAAGAUGAAGUGGAAGGACUUUGCCAGCAAGGGGAAGCUGGGUCGCAAGCAGAGUAUGUUCCGGACGGGAGAGGGGGUGAAUGCUCGAGUGGGCUUCACUGGGUCCGGUCAGCAAAUGCGCAAGGAUCCUGCGCGAACUCGACAUGUUUACCAGCAAGCCGAUGAGGACGGUUAUUAA